CCUGAGGUUCUCUACGCAUUCCUCAUUUUUCUCCCUCGACGACAACGGUUCGAAUCACGCCUCUCGCUCCACCAUCAAUCGGAUCUUUUUUUUCUCGACCUCUAAAAUAUACUCUAUUUUCAUCAAAGUCAUGAGCACGGCCUAAUAUAAGUCCGGGAAAAUUUUUUCCUCUUGGUUUCUUUCGCCUAGCCCUGACCCUAGUCAUGGAAAAAGAUGGCUCCUAGUCUAUGCGACCUGAUUGAUUUUUUGUUAGCGGAGAUAGCCCUUUGCGGUGCUCAAGGCGCCUCCCCGUCGGAUGUCUUGGCUUUGGUCGAUACGUUCUAUGCGAAAGCUCCCCAGCAGGGCUCAAGUCGCACGCAGGCGGUCGAUCGUCGCUUUCAAGCCAAGGUUUGGCUAUGGCUAACCAAAAACCCCGAGGUGUCGGUGGGCCAAAACCGAGAAUGGAAUCACUUGAGUUUAGAUGAUGCGGAACGGCACGGCGGCGCCCAACCCGAUGCGCGCGACGGCCAAGAGAGCGCGUCGGACAUCCGGGUGUUUGUGUCCGAAGAAAGAACCUGGCUCGCAAUCACUGGCCACGAACCGGAUGAGACCAAGGUGCUUCCGAUGGAAUUUACCCUGCUAUCGAUCAUCGCCUCGCGCAAGUCCCAAGGCAUCGUUCAGACCGAACUCGUCCGGCUCAGUGGCCAGGACAAGCGCUCCGUUCCCAAGAGAACCGACAUGUUACAGAAAAAGGGAUACAUCGAGAAACGGGCCAUCCAAAUCAAAUCUGCGCGUACGAGCCUGUGUACUUUGCGCAAGUUCCUGGUGCCGGAGCAUUCCACAACGGGGAUGACAACCGAUGCGGGACCGGACGCCAGGCCAGAUGAUGAUCAGAUGAUCGAUUUCGAGAAGUACCUCGACAAUCUUUUCAGCAUCCUUCGGGAGCACGAGAUUAUCUCGCGCCAUGAUUUGAAAACGCGACUUGGAUUUGCGGAUCGGUGGAGGUGGAAAAUCUUGUCUCGAUCGCUCCGCAAGUUUGAGAGGAUCGGUCUGCUCAUGAGAGUCAGGGCCUUGUCCCAGUAUACCGGCACCGGGAAACACUUUCAUUCUUGCGUCAGGCUUGUGCGAGAGCCGACUAAGCGGGACUACGAACUGUUCCAUGAGUAUGGCCAGAGUCUCAUCAGCAACCUCGAGGAAGCGAAUGCCGAGCUGGACGAGGACAUGGACCCCACGCAAGGGGCAGGCGAGCCGUCGUUGCAAACCCCCGACGGCUUGAAUAUGGCCAAGCGAGACGAGGACGUGGAGGUGUUCGGUCGACCCAUUCCCAUCUGGACCCCGGACCGAGUCGUCCACAAUCAGGUUUUCGAUGUCGUCGAUGCGACAGGCACCGCAGGGUGCACCAACCGGGAAGCUCUACAAACCUGCUUCGGACAAUUUUAUCGCAGGCCACUAGAAAACAUGUUGACUCGACUGGUGGAAUGCUGGCAACUGUCGCAGCCCUUGCAUCUGCGCCAUCGGGCCAUUGUGCGCGACAUAGCCUUGCAAAAGACCAUCACUCACUACAUCCAGUACUCGGCGGGCAACUUCCGAAAGGUCGUGGACGCCGGAGAGGCAGCGUGGGAAGCCGUGGAAUACACACCCAAGGGUAAUAAACCGAGUAGCCUUCGUCCUCCUCCCGCGAAUGCGCAGCCUGAACUUGAUGACUAUGGUCUAGCUCGGACGGUGCCCACGAAAGAUCUGGUGAAGAAGGGCCGUGCGUCUCUUUUCGAAUGCAUCGCGACAGUCGGGCCUCAGGACUACGUUUGUUCCAGCAGCGAUCUAAAAGCAAUGCAGUUGGACGAUGGCAGUUACGCCAUCUACCCAGGCGAAAGGAAACUUCCUGCAGGGGGAUCCAGAGACCCCGACAGCACUCCUCGGCGCCCCAGGGGCACACCGAUCAGGUUGAAAAUAGAGGAUCCAGACGUCCCUGAUAGAGAAUUGCUCGAUACUCCCGAGUCCGCACGCAUCGUGGAGCCCAGGUACUCCAGGAAAUUGAAAACCAGGGAAGACUCCGAACGUUUCCAUGGAAUGUCAGAAUUGGAGAAAUUGAAAUGUCUCGGUCUUGACGAAACAUGGACAGAGUACAGUAUUCUCCUGAUGGAACGUUCCAAUCCGGGGGUUUAUAUUACGCCUCGUGGGCGCCGACGACCAGCCGGCAAGAGACAAGGCCGACCAAGGAUCAGCCGCCUCGCCGCUUUCAAAUCGCCUAAGCUGUUGUCCCUGCCAUGGUUCGUCGAAGAAGCCGAGCCCGGGCAAAGCGAACCGGCAACUCCGGCCCAACAGGAUCACCGUGAAAUGAGUACCCCUGCCACCGCAUCUCAGUUUACUACACCUUCAAGAGGGGUCAAAAGGAGCUUGCGACAGCAUGCAUCUCUUAUGGAAUCUUCUCCGUUGAGGGAGGAGGCUGUAAAACACCGACGCCUCGAUGAACGUGAAGUCGACUCCGCCGAUGUUUCUAUGGCGGUGGCUUACAGUCCCAGUGGCUCCGCCGCAGAUGGGACACCCAUAACUGCCAGGGGGCAUUCUAAGCGCAAACGGACAGAGUCUCCCACUCCCGAACAACCAACAAGUACAGAUAGGGACCAAAACUCCACGACUCCUACUCGAAUUACUAAGACGCCACUGAAAAAAGCCCGUCCGGCGAGCAGCCUACCGGAGAGUGCAAUGGGAGACCCUUCCGCAGGAGAUAGCAUGGGCUCUCUAUCUAACCAGGACAUCACACCAGCUACUCCAAAUGCAGGCACAUCAGACGGGGCCAAUGGCACGGGCAAGAACUCCCAGGCCUUACAGGCCCCAGAAACGUCGAGUCCGAGGAUGAAGAUGGCAGAAAAGGGAGGAUCCAUGGGCUAUCUACGCAGAAAAAUCGUGAUGGACAUCGUGGAUAAGGUUGGAGGAGCCUUUCCCCUUGGUGCUGACCUCUGGUACCCGUUCGCGACGGCCUGGAAGAAAACGAAAUACAAAAAGACACCCGACAUGCGGACCGUCAGGACGGCGGUCAAACACCUCGUUGACGCUGGAAAGCUCCGGCAGUUCACAUUCAGUGGCAAAGACAGCAAAGGCGUGAUGGUGACAAGAAGCAUGAUCUGUAAGUCGGAGCUGCAGCCAGACGAUCCCCGCAUUAAAGACAUGCAAGCGACGAUCUUGGCCUCGGAAUCACGCAUCCCCUUACCUCCCAGCGUCGAAGUCGACCCAGAUCUUAGUAAAAACGGUGGCCGAAAAGUAGUUUUCAAGGACCCGAAGACGACUUAUCCGAUUCCGGUUGACCCUGGGCUCAGGGUGCAUCUGCAAGAAAAGCCCGCCUCUAUACUGGCGCAGGAAAGGAGAAAGGGCCGGAGCAUUCAGAGGAGGCUGCUCCAGAGGCUGAACUCCUCACGUGGCAAACAAGACCCAGCAAACCCGAAAGUGGUGCGCCUUGCGAGUAUUCAACGCCGCUCCGGACAAGAUGGCUCUGUGUCUGGUUUAACCUCAAUCUUCAGCCCGGACCAGGUAGGCCGCUCGACAAAGAGACGUGCCAACCCUCUUCAGGAUGGGUCCAACAUGAAGCGUCUCUGGAUUCCCAUAUCAUCCAUCGCUCCUUACGCGAUGCUCAUGAGCCCGAAACAGACUUUCAAUGCUAGCUCAGGGACCUUCUCAACAGAUGCUGGCCUCGCCGCCCUGCAGUCUCCCAGGGUGGGCGGUGACUUGCCGCGAUCGCUUGAAGACCUGUUGAAUAAGACUCGCCGAGACACCUUGAAAAAGUCGGAUCUCAGAGAUCCGCGGUCUGUUGGGUUCUUCCGGGAUAACGAGACCAUUCUCCGUUGGGAGCUUGAAAACGAAGAUUUCCUGGGGGUAAAGAGUGACGAUCUGAUGUACAUCAACCAAGCCAUCUACGACUCGUUCGACAGCGCUCCGGUUGACGGGAACAUCCGUUUCGAUAUCGACGAGCCCAAGCCCGAGGGGCUGGCCGCUAUAAUUGGACGGCCUGUGACUAGACGACAGAGGGGGGGCAAGCGCCGCUCACUACGCGAAUCCGCAUCGGAGUACCUUGAGUCCCCGAUGGACCGACUGAACAUGCUAGAUCCAGAAAUGGGCUUGCACUCAGAAGCAGGCAAGGCGGAAGCUGCUGCGACAGCACAGGAUGACGUUCCACGUAUCCGUCGAAACCGCCUUGCUCGUCUAGUCUCACCCAACCUGUUCCAGCGCAUCAUGACCGCCAUUGUUAUUGUUCGCACCCUGGCAGGGGGUUACGAUGGGCGGAUGGUAGACUGGAAUCUCGUUUCAAAGGCCUUCCCAGACUACGACGAGACCUUCAUCCAGGACAGGGGCAAGGCGAUUCUCAACAAAAACCGACUGCAACUCGCCAAGAUGCAAAGCGACUUCCAAGAGCGGUUCAUCGAAGCAUAUGCGCAAGAUCAAGUCCCACCGAUCAACUACGACGACCUAGACGGGUACGACUGGGUGGGGUUGGCGAACUGGGCGAACACACAGGUCGACGUCCCCAGAUCAGAAACUCACCCCGAUCUCCCUGCUACUCGGGAACAAUUCGACAGUGUCUUCGAAAUCCGCGAGGAGCCACUCACGUCCCUGGAAGAGGUGCACCAAGCCAACAACUCGGUAACAGUCAACCGGCGACGCGCGCUCCUCGCCGGGGUACCCUACGCUGCUCCCCUAGCAGAAAAGCCCAAGCAAGCCGGACCACGGAAGAAGGAGCUCGCCCAAAUGGAAGCAGCCAAGAGCUGGGUGCGCGCCAACGUCGUCACCUUCGAAGAGAAAUACAAACCCGCCGAAGCGCGCGUGACCCUCUCCCACCUCGGAGAAGACCUAAUCAACAACGCCCUACAGUCCCUAAUGACCGACCGAGUCAUCUCAAGCAGCAACCGCGGGCGCAUCAGCCCCGGCAGAAACUACACCAUCACAGACCUCUUCCUCCAAACCCUCGGUCGCAAGCGCGCCAUUGAAUGUACAGAGCUCCGUCGCGCCGCCCGCUUCAAGACCACCAUCCUGGACCCAGCCCUGCAAACCAAGGGCUCCUUCGACGUCAACUACCACGCCGAAGACGGCGACAUUCUCGCAGCGAUCAACCUCGCCGCGGAGGGCCGACUCCUCCUCAAGCCGCGUGAUCCGCCGCUGGAGAAAUUCGGCCUCACGGACGGUGGCUACCUGACGCGACUCAUCGACAAAGACAAACUCCACUUCUCUGUCGGACUCCACCCAACAGACCGAUACAUCUACGGGAACCCCCUGCAAGACAAACUGGUUUCGACCGCGCACCCCUGUCCCCCGCUGCUCACCAUCUCCCCGGAGAUCUCGGUACCCGAGAAAAUCCCCAUGUGGUUCGACAUCCACGGCGGCUUCGUCAAGGUGCUGUGGGACCUGGCGCUGGCUGCUGUCGUGGGGUGUAUCGCCACACGGCCGGGUGUCAGCGCAGGCAGUGUCACUACUAUGGUGAAGCCUACUAUGGGGGCCUGGGAGGUGGAGCUGCUGCUUGGGUGGAUGGAAGAGGUGGGCGUUGUUGUGCGUCAAGGCUGUAACGAGAGGGGUGAGACCGGGUGGGUUGUGAGAGAGUGGUGGUGGAUGGUGUUGGCUGCGCCUUGAUUUGUAUGAUAUGUAUUUAUUAGUGAUUGAAUGUGAUGUUUACGGAAUAACUUAGCUGGACUUUGCUCCGAUGUCUCUACUGGCCGCACAAGAGUGACAUUCCCACUUAUGCAUGCUCU